AUCUAACCCUAUUCAAAGAUUGCUUUGAUUGUCUAUAUUGCAAUCAUUAUCGCUUGUAAUCAAUAGGAGUAUCAGAUAUGAAGCUAUUCAUAGUGCUGGCUUGUCUCACAGUAGCGUGGGCUGUACCAUUCACUAAGGAGAAUCAGAAUGUCCAAGAAUUAGAAGUAAUUCCUGAUGAUGAUUCAAUUGAUUCCUCUGAUGUGGAAUCUGCGGCAUAUUUGCCUCAAAUUAUAGAAGUUGGAAAUGUUCUUAUGGAAUAUGAAAGGGCUAAUGCUAAGUCUAUUGAAGAUACUCAAAAUGUACCAGAAAUUGAACCACUUAACGGACCAGAGGUGAAUGCAAAUUUUCUUGAAGAUGAUAGUGCUGAUGAACUACCCGAUGUAGCAAAUUUGAUGCCAUUAAAUGAGAAUGAUCAGGACGCGAUUCAAAUUGCUGCGCCAUUUGAUAACGAUGUAGACGAAAAAUCUGGUUUUGAUGAAAUUCAAAUAGUUAAUUUGGAUGAUUUUCGCGGAAUAAUGGAUAUAGCGCCAUCGGAACUUGAUUCAUUGAGAGUCUAUUUUGAUGAUGACAUGGCUGCCGAACUCGCUGACGGUAAAGAGGCACCGGAAAUAGUAAGACUUAACUAUGAUGACCCAAAUUUACGUUAAGACUUAUUUUGUAAUUGUUUUUUUGAACUUUUUAAUAAACAUAUAUUUGUGAAA